GGACCUCUCUACAGCUUCUGAGUCUUCUCUUGUCCAACUGGGAAAGCAAGGACUCGUCUAGAGGGACUGCAGCAUACUGGUCGCGCAGAUGAAUAAAAAUUCUUCCAACAUAAUGGCUCUGGCUCCUAACACUUCUAAUAAAAGAGAAACAGUCUGUAUAUUUGGAACUGGAGACUUUGGAAGAGCUCUGGGAUAUAAAAUGAUUCAGUCUGGCUACCCCGUCGUGUUUGGAAGCCGAAGCAAACAGGCAUCCAGCCUGAUUCCCAAGGAUGCAGAAGUGCUGAGCCACGCAGAGGCAGCUCAGAAAUCUGCCAUCAUCAUCAUAGCAAUCCAGAGGCAACAUUACAACUUCCUUACAUCGCUAGCAGAAGUUCUCCAUGGAAAAGUCUUGGUGGACAUAAGCAACAACUUAAAAAUAAACCAGUAUCCUGAAUCCAAUGCAGAGUACCUGGCUCAGCUGGUGCCUGGAGCUAAGGUUGUGAAAGCCUUUAACACCGUGUCAGCCUGGGCCUUGCAGUCAGGCACACUGGAUGCAAGCCGGCAGGUGUUUGUCUGUGGAGAUGAUAUGGAAGCUAAACAAAUGGUGAUGGAUAUUGUUCGUGCACUGGGUCUCACUCCAGUAGAUCAGGGAUCCCUCUUGGCUGCUCAGGAAAUAGAAAAUUACCCUCUGCAGCUCUUUCCAAUGUGGAAGUUUCCCAUUCUUUUGUCCCUUGGCCUAGUCACAUUCUUCUUCUUCUACUGUUUGACUCGUGAUGUAAUUUACACUUACAUUUAUGAAAACAAAGACUUUUCAUUCUUUAUUGCAAUCUCCAUUCCAAAUCGGAUCUGCCCUAUAUUGGCACUCAUCCUUCUUUCCUUGGUUUAUCUUCCUGGUGUACUUGCUGCAAUUAUUCAGUUAUACAGAGGUACCAAAUACCGCCGCUUCCCCGACUGGCUGGACAAAUGGAUGCUGUGUAGGAAACAGCUCGGACUAGUGGCCUUGGCAUUUGCUUCUCUGCACGCUGUCUACACACUAGUUAUACCAAUUCGCUCUUUUGUGAGAUGGAGAAGCAACAAUCAAAUCAUCUCCCAGGCACUGAACAAUAAAACAGAACCACUCAACACCACUAAUGCCUGGAUUAGUGAUUCUUAUUUGGCUUUGGGGAUUUUAGGAUUUUUUUUCUUUGUUCUUCUGGGAAUAACUUCCUUGCCUUCAGUCAGCAACAGUGUCAACUGGCGAGAAUUCCGAUUUGUACAGUCCAAGCUGGGAUAUCUGACACUGAUUCUGUGUACUGCACACACAAUGGUUUAUGGUGGAAAAUGGUUCCUGAGCCCAUCAUCAUACAGAUGGUAUCUUCCAAGUGCCUAUAUGCUUGCUCUCAUUAUUCCGUGCAUUGUACUGGUUGUCAAAUUUGUGCUGGUAUUUCCUUGCCUAGACAAACCUCUCACACGAAUUCGACAAGGCUGGGAAAGGAAUCCCCCGUACUCAGAACAGUCCAAUUACAUUAUCAACAAGUCUGCUGUAUAAUUAGACUAACCUACAUUAUCAAAAAGAAGGAAAAAAAUAUUAUGAAGGCAUAUCAAAAUUAAGUGCUGAGCCUCCUUUAUCUGGACAGUAAAAGUGAAAAACUCUAAUAAAGACACC